AUGCCGUGCAUUGAUAAUCCGUAUGGGAGCGGAAGGCACACUUCGAGGCUUGCUAUGAUCUACACGGUGAUAAUUCUCGGUUGUUUCAACUUGUGGAAUGAUUCCGCUCCCAUUGAUCCUCGUGUACGCGCGUCCGAUAUCUCCUGCUCACAUUCCUCGGAUCGCUUCGGAGGAUUCAUACACCCUUACCUCAAUUUCUCAAACGGAAUCAAGAGUGUUUUCGUAAACGGGGUACAGGGAAGCUGUAAGGAGCUUGUUCACUACAAAGCAAUCGCUCCUAAAAACAAGGCCAUUUCGUCGUAUGCUUCCUCGGUAAUUCGAGCGCAUCGAUUUCCAACAGUUUUUCAGCGAGUGCGGUUCUACAUGUCAUCCUGGUACGAGCCUCCCUGUGACGAGAGCGAGUUGCUAGAAAUUGUUGAGUACGUUGGAAACGAGAAGCAUGAAGGCAAGACGAUAGUCGCGGGGUCACAGUUAUUAACACAUGCUGUCCCGGCGGACGAACAAGAUGGAGUCGAAGCGGCAAUAUUUCUUCCUUCGUAUUCUUUUCAGCGCCAAACACUGCUUACGGACACCAGCUUGUCGGUGGCAGUACGGGCAACUUCUCUGCCUGGGACUGAUCUCGUCUUUGUUCUUACUAAAUCCACUCUCGACCUUUGCGAAUUCAAUCCCCGUCCCGAACAGCGAAAAAGCUUGCAAAGAGUUUACUGUAGAGAGCUCCGUGACAAUUUACUUCUACCGUUUCAAAAGCAAACCAAUCAAACCGGAGACCUGGCAGUACUGCUUGCUCAAGUUGGUGAUUCCUUGGCUUCGAAAAUCAUGAAUGAAUUCGGAUCCCCGACUCGUCAAAAGCAAAGACCUUCUAUACCUCACUUCAAAAAAGUGAGACGAGCAUGGGACAACGUGACCGGACGAGACUUGAUGCUGAAGAUAUCGACCAAGUCUUGCGCCACUUUAGAGACACGGCCAACCAAUAAUCAAGACCUGGAACCAAUCAUCUGGAAAAUGGGGGUCAAGCGGCACUAUGGUAAGGUUUCGAGUGUUCCCGAGAAGGAUAUUCCAUGGGAAGAAAAAGGCAAUGCGGCCGUGUUUCGGGGUACGACUACCGGCCUCGUGCACCCGGAAACAUCAUCACGCGAACGCUGCCUGAAAAAUCCGCGUUGUCGACUAGUGUUGAUGUACCACAAUUCGUCCUAUGUGGAUGCCAAGUUUACCACAAUUUUGGACUCGAGCAAGCUGCCACCAAUUAUCGACAACAUCACAAUCAGUGGAGAAAGUCUUUCCAUGGAAGAUCAGUUGAAGUACAAGGCGUUGAUAUUCAUGGAAGGCAACGAUGUCUCUACCGGAUUGAAAUGGGGAUUGUACUCCAACUCGGUUGUAAUGAUCACAAAGCCAUCAAUUUCGUCUUGGGCCAUGGAAGAGCUCUUGGAACCGUACGUACACUACGUGCCUUUGCGGGACGAUCUAUCGGACGUGGAAACGCAGAUGAAAUGGAUCGUGGAGCACGACAGGGAGGCGAAGGAGAUUGCGUUGCGGGGGCAGCUUUGGAUGCAUGACCUGCUGUACGCCGAGGAGUCCGAGAGGGACAAUGCGGCAAUCAAUGAAGAGAUUUUGCGGCGAUAUCAGACGCAUUUCCGACCGGGCAUUGCGGUCAAGGAAGAGCUUCUAUUCUAUCCCAAGCCGUUGAAGUAG